AUGUCGUUUCAAACGUACUCUGUGGCUCUUUUGGUCACAGCGUUCUUGGCUGUUUAUGGCGCUGUCCUCUUUUUCAGCCACCAUCCUCGUCCACCGACUGAAUCAGAACUGAAAUACAUGACCAACGAUGGUAAGGGCCAGGUCCAUAAUUUGCCGCCUAGAGCGCUGCCGCUGGACAAAAUCGAGAAGGGAAAGACGCUUCUCAGUGUUGUUGUACCGUGUUAUAAUGAAACAUCACGUUUGGGGAAGAUGCUAGACGAGGCGGUUGAGUAUUUGGAGAAAAAUCUUAAGGACGAAUACGAGAUUGUUAUUGUUGACGAUGGCAGUAGCGAUGGCACAGCAGACUUUGCGUUGGAAAAGGCUACUAUGUUGAAUCUUUCGCCACAUGUGUUGAAGGUCGUCAGAUUAUCGCAGAAUAGAGGUAAAGGCGGUGCUGUCAGGCACGGUAUAUUGCAUGGCAAAGGAAAAUAUCUCUUGUUUGCAGACGCCGACGGUGCCACUAAGUUUGGUGACUCGGGACGUUUGUUGGAAUUUUUACAGUCCCAACCAGAGGGAAAGCCGGCCAUUGCUAUUGGCCUGCGAGCUCAUAUGGUGAACACUGAUGCUGUGGUGAAACGGUCUCUUGUGAGGAACUUCUUGAUGUAUGGACUUCAUACUUUGGUUUUCAUUUUUGGUAUUCGCCAGAUCCAAGACACCCAGUGCGGUUUCAAGAUGUUCAACCGUGAAUCGGCACAAAUCAUUUUUCCCCACAUGCAUACUGAACGUUGGAUUUUCGACGUUGAAGUGCUUCUUCUCGGUGGAAUGCAAGGUGUUGAAAUGAAAGAAAUCCCCGUGAAUUGGCAAGAAAUUGAUGGCUCUAAAGUCGAUUUAGCCAGAGACUCUAUACAAAUGGCGAUUGAUUUGGUUGUUACCAGAAUGGCAUACUUGAUGGGGGUGUAUGGGCUUGAUGAAAGCGGGCACAAAUCAGCAUAG